ACAGAAUUUAUUCAAAAAGAAUAAAAUUCUUGACUUUGAGUUUUCAACUACCUUCUUAUGAAAGCUUAAGCCUUUUUCUUCUCUCUAGUUUAGAUCCUUGUCAUUUAUAAUUAUCCAAUUUUCAGUUUCUUUUUUUUAAGGUUUUGCAGAAAACCAUUCUAAACAGAUGGCAGGUGGUUUCGAUGAAAACCCAUUCGCUGAAGGCGAAGACGAAGUCAACCCUUUCUCACAGGAUCCAGCUGUGAGAGGGAAGGCAUCUGGCCAGUCUAAAUUUGGAGGUCUAUUUUCGAAGAAUGUUCCAAGCGCUCCACCCACAUCAAACUCAAGACUUUCACCACUACCUCCAGAACCUGCUGGUUUCAAUCACGGUCGUGAGGCAGCAAUCGACAUUCAUCUGGAUACAGCUUCAGGAGGAUCAUCUCAGGAUUUGAAGAAGAAAGAGAAGGAACUCCAAGCUAAGGAGGCUGAACUGAAUAGGCGGGAGCAGGAAGUGAGACGAAAAGAAGAGGCAGCAACAAGAGCUGGAAUUGUUUUGGAAGAGAAAAAUUGGCCACCAUUUUUUCCUAUCAUUCAUCAUGAUAUUGCGAAUGACAUACCAGUUCAUCUACAAAGAUUGCAGUAUGUCGCAUUUUCAACAUUUUUAGGAUUGUGCCUGUGCCUUCUAUGGAACAUCGUAGCUGUUACUACAGCGUGGAUCAGAGGAGAAGGUGUGAGGAUCUGGUUCUUGGCUGUUAUCUUCUUCAUAGCAGGGGUUCCAGGAGCCUAUGUUUUGUGGUAUCACCCACUGUAUCGUGCUUUUAGGAAAGAAAGUGCUCUCUCAUUCGGCCGGUUCUUCCUCUUUUAUUUAGUUCACAUCGGCUUUUGCAUAUUCGCUGCUGUGGCUCCCCCUAUAGUUUUUAGAGGGAAAUCGCUAACCGGGAUCCUACCUGCAGUUGAUCUUAUCGGUAACCAUGCAUUGGUUGGGAUCUUCUACUUCAUUGGUUUCGGAUUAUUUUGUAUCGAAUCGAUCAUAAGCAUCUGGGUUAUCCAGCAAGUAUACAUGUAUUUCCGUGGCAGCGGUAGAGCUGCUGAGAUGAAACGCGAAGCUGCAAGAGGAGCUAUGAGGGCUGCCUUCUAAUGGCACAGACACUAGCUGCAACGAGACAUGAAAAACCUAUGCAUGUGUUGAUUCUCCUUAUAUGCAUAGAGCUUUUUGUUUCUCGUUUCGGGUCACUUUGUUGCACCAAUCUCUGUAAUUUCUUGUGUGUGCCAUCAUAUAUAUAUAUAUAUAUAUAUAUAUGUUUGCUCUGGAGAUUAAUUAGAAGACACCUUAGACAAAUACUCGAUUGGAUUUCAUUUUUCAUGUAUAGAGUUUCAUGUGCAAUUGAUUCAUAGUGUAAUGUGUAAUUAAGACAAUGAGUUUCAAGUGACA